GUUGACACCACCAAGCAGAGAUGUGCUUUCCUCCGCUAUGUGAUGCUUUGCCGAUGACAUGGGCAUUCGCUCGAAGAGCUCCUUGGCUCCAAGCCGCCCGCAUCUCGUCGCCGCUUGCAUCUGCGGCUGCAUGGGAAUCGAUGUCCAAGAAAAACAAGCCCUUGCCUGAUUUCGUGGAUGUGCUGAUCAUCGGCGCUGGUCCCCAUGGUCUAGCAAUGGGCUCGCGGCUGGUCCUAGGCAACGAGGCCAUGGAUGAUGUCAUACCUCCAAUCGAAAGCUACCUGGUGAUGAGGGCGUGAUAUAUUCUCAGGUGAUUCCGCGUUGAUGUAUCCUUGGACCCCGCACCGUCUCCAUUCGGUGCGGGGUCGGACAAGAGCGAUUCUUACAGGUCAGUUCAUCAGAGUUCACGAAGACACUGAGGUCUGAGGUUUUCCGGUUUUCAGGACUUUCAGGACCAGGUUUGGACCUGCGAAACCGGCGAACUGACUUCCCUCGCCGUGUCAUAUCGUGUCCAAGGCUACGUCCGACGGCCCCGUGAUGUCCGAGCUCACUUGCAGAAGCUCAGGUCCCACGGCCUCAACUUGGCUUUUGUGGAUGAAGGUGGAACCUGGAUGGGCAGGUGGAAGAACCAAUUCGCAGCUUUAGGAAUUUCACAUCUACGAUCACAUGAGAUGAUGCAUCCAGACGCCUUUGAUCAUUCCACACUCUCAGUCUGGGCACAGUCCAAGAAGCGGAAUGAUUUCUUAUUCCUGGAAGACUUGCCAAAGAACAAAGCAUAUCACGGCCCUUUUGUGUUACCCUCACACAAGUUGAUGCUUGAUUUCUGCAAAGCUCUGGUAAAAUUGAACCGCUUGGAGGAUCAUUUGUGGCAUGCUCAUGCCGAGACUCUUCGACCCAGUGGUUCAGGUGUGACUGUGACUUUGAAGACGGCCACAGGGACGAAGGCUGUCCAUGCAAAGCAUGUCGUCGUGGCCCGCGGCCCAACGUGGCGGCGUCAAUGGCCGGCAUUUUACAACAACUUGGAGGCCAGCGGUUUGGGUGAAAUCCACCAUGCUUGGGAUCUCUUCGACCAGCCGGAGAAGAUGGAACAUCUCAAAGGGAGGGGUGUGAUUAUUGGCGGUGGUUUGACUUCAGCUCACUUGUGCAAUCAGCUUGCUGGACGUGGUCACAUUGAUUUGCUGCUUCGGAGAGAUCGACGUGUGAAGCAGUAUGACCUAGCUUUGGACUGGAUGGGCUACAAGCGAUGGGACCACCGAAGGGAAUUUGAGCAGGCGUCGAUCGAGCAACGAGCAAGGAUCAACAAGAGGGCGCGUGAUGGUGGUUCGAUCAGUCCUGAGUUGAAUUCCGUGUUGACCGACUUGGAAGCCAAAGGACAGGUGUCAGUGCAUGAGUGGCUUGAAGUGGAGACUGCCUGCUAUCAUGGUGCUGGCUGGACUCUGGUGCUCUCCAGCGGAGAGGUCAUGGAAGCAGAUUACCUGAUCUGUGCCACUGGAGCUUUAGUCGAUGUGGCCACCGAUCCGCUUCUGGCAGGACUGCAGGAGGCACAUCCACUUAAAAUGAAGAAUGGAUUGCCUGUCCUCACUGAAAACCUUCAGUGGGGGAGGCUCCCGGUGUAUCUCAUGGGGAACUUGGCUGCGUUACAUCUUGGACCCGAUGCGGUGAACAUGACGGGCGCCGCGAGAGGAGCUUUGAGAAUUUGGUCGGCUUUGUCCGGCUGUGAGGGUUGUGAGGUGAGCUGACCAAAUCGAAAAUUCAGAAUUCGAGUUCGACUGAGGGGUGUCUUGUCAGUGAUAGAUCUUUUCUCACCAGAUGUUGAGAUGAGAUCUUUCGUGAGACCGUGAUGACUCUGAAGUCUGAAGAUCUGCUUUUCAAGUGAAUCUCUUCAUCUCCUCAAUGCGACGUCGACCCAUGUUUUCAGUAUUUCGAAGCUUCUGCAGACGAUCAGGGAACCCCGGUUUCUUUUACGGCUUGUGGCUUGCACGAACUUUCGAAUGGCCUGGGGCAAGCCCCUUGCCAUUCCAAAUUGAGGUCAAUUUUGUGGGAUCGCAGAUGCGAUGUUCAUCUCCUGGCCACGCGUCUGGCCACGCCAGGAAGCUUCCGCCUGCUGCUGCUGAAUCGCCCUCUUUGUACAGGCAGGGACAGCAGGGACGAACGAUGUGUAUAGCAACGAAUGCCGAUGGAGCAGCAAUUUUCGACUCAGCUGGGCUGUCGCGAGCGAUGUGAAAAA